CAAUGCGCAUGCGUGGUUGUGUUGCGCAUGCGCAGUGAUAGUCGGGCAGGAGCUCGCGGUAGUGACAGUUGCUCCGUUGUGCUUGACGCUUUGGGUGGGAGAGACCGGAAAAACUCGCUCGCUAAGCAUCAAACACAAGAGAGAUGGCAGCGAUCCGUAAGAAGCUGGUGAUCGUCGGAGACGGCGCGUGCGGGAAGACGUGCCUCCUCAUCGUCUUCAGUAAGGACCAGUUCCCCGAGGUGUACGUCCCCACCGUGUUCGAAAACUACGUGGCCGACAUCGAAGUGGACGGCAAACAGGUGGAGCUUGCUCUGUGGGAUACGGCAGGACAAGAAGAUUACGAUCGUCUCCGUCCGCUCUCCUACCCCGACACCGACGUCAUCCUCAUGUGUUUCUCCAUCGACAGUCCUGACAGUCUCGAGAACAUUCCGGAAAAAUGGACUCCUGAGGUGAAACAUUUCUGCCCCAACGUCCCCAUCAUCCUGGUGGGCAACAAGAAGGACCUGCGCAACGACGAACACACUCGCCGCGAGCUAGCCAAGAUGAAGCAGGAGCCGGUGAAAGCGGAGGAAGGCCGCGACAUGGCGAAUCGGAUCUACGCCUUCGGCUACAUGGAAUGCUCGGCCAAGACGAAGGACGGCGUGCGGGAGGUGUUCGAGAUGGCCACCAGGGCGGCGCUGCAGGCCCGGAAAGGCAAGAAGGGCACCAAAUGCCUUCUACUGUAAAUCAAACGGGACUCUGCGCUCAUUAUACGGGGUGGGAGGGGCCGAACAUAAGCCACGCCCCUUUCCCCACAACCCCCGAUCAGCCUGCCUGAAAUGACUGUGCUCAACCGUUAAACCGCUUUUUUUU